AUGGCCACGGGAACAGUGGAGUGGGUGCCGGAUGACCAGGUCAGCGAGUGCCCACUGUGCACACGGCGUUUCAGCACCACCAAGCGGAAGCAUCACUGUCGAGCUUGCGGUCGCGUCGUCUGUGGCAGCUGCAGUGGGAACCAGCUCUAUCUGCCCAGCUACCAAAAGGAGGAGCGGGUGUGUGACCGAUGCUUCGACCUUCUUCGGCAUGACAAAGGGAGGCCGAUGAACGAGUCGAUGAUGGAGAACAAGCAGCUGGAGGCAUCGCUAAAAAGCGACCUCCGGGAGAAGCAGCAGCAGGAAGAGUGGUUUAGGAGCUUCUUGCUGAAGGUGCGGGGCGAUGCCGGGGACGCUGCGGGCAGCGAGCCAGACUCUUCUUCGGAGGGCGAGCUCAGGGCGCUCCUCGCCGGAGCGCGAAACCGAUGGACGGAGGCCUGCGCACGCGCCGGGCGCCAGAAGAUGGCAACCGAGGAGCUUCAGUCGCGUUGCGAGGAGCUGGAGCGGGAGUGCGUCGAGAAGCAGGAAGCCAUCGCAAAGCUCUCGCGCGCCAUAAAGACCACCGAGUCGAAUCUCAAAGUGCGUCCGAAGCUGCAGAGCGAGUGCGAACAGCUGAGCCGCACCAACAAGAGCCUCCAGCAAGAGCUGGACGGCCUGCGCCAGCGGACCCAGGCUCUCGAGGCACACCUGCCCACAAGAAGCAGCUCCUUCCAGUCCUUCUUGUCAGUUGGGACGUCCUUCCAGCUCACGAGGAUGGAGGAGUGCAGAUAUCACUGCCGCCGCCGGUGUUCCGUGAUGUGA